AUGACACGCGCUUCGUGGGCUGACAAAGAUCAACAUAAUUGGCUUGAUUCGCGCAAAGCCCAGUUCAUCGAGGUCAAUCAGCAGAAAGCCGCUGCCAAAGAAUUCUUUCCAGAUGUGGUCAAGGACUUCCGCGAAAAAUGGCCUGUGUCCCCAGCCACACCAGAGGAAGUCGAGAAGGCCAGUUCUGAAGAAUCUGCAACGAAGAAGAAGCGCGAGAAGUAUGACAAGCGUGUCCGCGAUUGGUUCCACAACAAUACGAGGAACGUGGCUUCAAACGGGGGCACUCAUGGCAUAUUAAAGGUCAAGGCUAAGCCCAAGAUGCUCCAAGCAUGGCAGGCAUAUCAUGCCCUCACCUAUCAGACGAAAUGGAAACCAUUCAUUCAAGAGAGAUGGACUGCGUACCAGGAGGAAUGGGCUACUGAGCACCCAGAGGAGAGUAAGCCUGCAAAGGGUCGGUUUCAGAUUAUGGUAGAGUUCAUUAAAGAAAAAUACGCCGGAGAGACCCCCGAGAUCAGGGCCGAGUGCGAAGAAUAUCGGAAGAAUCGUCGUGAUGAAACUCCCACAGCCUUGGCCGGUGAAGAGGCAACUAAAAACAUCGAAUUGCAGUCCGCUAUUACAAGACUUCCUCGAUCUCUAGCAGCGAUGGGUGCAUCACUCAUGGAACAGACAGGUUGGAAUAUCACAAUUCUUGCAGGGGGUCCUUCACCUGAACACGAUGGAAUGAUCGUGAGUUUCUUAUCUCAUACUGGAAAGACCAAAUCCGGCGAGACAUUUGAAAAAUUUCUGGGGAAGCAGGAUUACGACGCGUCUCUUUUGCUUCCAUUCGAAAGGUUCCUUAAUUCAUCAUUUUUUGAGACAGAUGCCGACUUGGAAGUCUCCGAUAAAGAGUGGCACUCAGAGCAGAAAGAGGACGGGGACAACAUGGCGGCAGAAGAUAACGGUGGCGACAACGCAGCUGCGGGCGCGCAUGGAAACCACCACGUAACUGCGACGAAAUCGCACGGCCUUAGUGAAUACGAGAUAAACAAGGCGAAGAAUGUCGCGGAGCUUAAGAGAAAGCUUGCUGAAGUUGAUAAGAAAUACCCCUUCCCCGAGGAAUUGAGAGGAAAGAAAGAGCACAGAAAGCCAGCGAGUAUUAAGAAAGGCAAAGCACCAGAGGGGGAAGUCAUUCGACGAGGGUCAACAAGAAUCAAAGAUCAGGCGAAUUCUUCGACCACAGCCGUUCUGUCUUUGAUAACCCCAACAUCCGAGUCUCAGCCCACGGUCCCUAUCAGCAUUGUGGCCCCCCUUGACCACCAGAAUGAACUCCCAACAGAGGAGUUGGCUCUGUCCGUUGCUCUUCCAGUCAGCGCUCAAACCCCCGGUGCUUCAGCUUUGGCCAUCGACUCUGGACCCACAUCCAUCUACAACUCGGAACCCACGCCUGCGCCUAUGGGCUUGGAUCUCGCUCAUUCGACGUCUCUUACCCACUUCCCCGCCACUCCGAUCUCCGUUGGUGAUUCAUCUAAUAUCGGUGGAGAGCUCGCCCAUUUGACCAUUGAUUCCGGACCCACGUCUAUCACCAACUCUGAUUCCGCACCUGCGCCUGUGAGCUUGGAUCUCGCCCAUACGAGUGGUACCUACCACUUUUAUGAUAAAACCUGGGCAUUUGCCUGCACAGUCUUUUCAAUCCCCCCAAGUGAAAUAUGA